ACAAUGUGGCCACAAAUCCUCCCUUACAAAAUGAGUUUCGGAAGUUGAGCGCUCCUCCUGGUUUGAGUUUAGCGCAAAACAGACACUCAACCAUGAUAAUAGCAUAAGUUCUAAUGGGGAAGUCUCGCUUUCACUGGCUGUGCUUCCCUUUUCUGAAACUGACCAGCAGCUUUCGGAGGUGCCCUCUUUCAAAAAGGACUUUGAUAAUUGCGAGCGUGUGUGUUGUCUAUUUGUGUUUUGUAGUUUCACAAGUUGGAUACUCGCAGCAGAACCGGGACAGAAGGACUGAUAAAGACAAGUACCGACACACCCGUGGAUUGUAUAAUUUGGAUAUUAGUGAUGCGCUGCCAGACUCUGUGGAUUUGCAGACCGGUGCGAGUUUUGUGGUCCCGACACGGUCCAACGUGGUGUACAUAACGCUAAAGUCUAAGCGCCUGAAACCAGCAAAUAUUCGGGGUACAAUCAGACCAAAACUGAGGAGAAAAGUGAGAAGGACUAAGUCGACUAAUUUAUCUUUUACGCAGAACAAACUUGGCACUUUGGAGCGGGACGCGGGCCAAAUUAAGCGCAACAUUGCACACAAGACUUCCUGGGGAGAGAGCAGGGAUGUCGAUUAUAAAUCUUUGGAUAUAAUCCCUAAAUCUCACAUAGAUGCACAAACAGACUCUCAGAUUAGUUCUAUCAGAAUUUACAGCCAGAAGGCACCGCCAUGGUUCAGCCCACAGGACGUGAAAGCCAUGCGCUUUCUUGCGGAUGCCAAAGUUUUGCGCAUCAAAGAAGUUUCUGGUGGAGACUCUCCAUCACUUCUGAUAUUUGAGGGCGAAACAAGUGGUUCAGUGACCAACCAAAAGCCGGAAAAACUGAGCAAUGUAUGUGGAGGGCAGUGUGGUAUAAUCAGCAGUCCUGUGGACACCACUGAGGUCUUCGCUUUUCAUCUGGACCGGGUGCUGGGGCUCAAUAGGACAUUACCAGCUGUAAGCAGAAAGUUCAGCUUUUUACACGAUGGCCAGCCCUGUCCGGUGGUUUCAUGGGAUGCAUCUCUUUACCCAGAAGGCCUCGCUGCAGGCUGGUCUGCCGUGAGGUUAACAUGGGGGCAGUACCAGAGAUCCCUGAAACAGAGGUGCUGGCAUAAAAACACCAGCCCAAAGCCAGACUCAAGCUGCUCCACAGUUCUUCACUAUGAGUGGAGUAAACUGGCUCUGUUUGACUUCUUGUUACAGAUUCACAACCGUCUAGAUCAGAGCUGCUGUGGAUUCAGGCCCAGGAAGGAGGAUGUGUGUUUGGGACUCGGUCACCAUGCCGAUUGUGGGGACCAGAGCCACAUACAACUGACAAACAUCAUCCACAGGGGUCAUGACCCCAGACACCUAGUCUUCACCAACAACAAGGGGUUCUUCGACCGCAAUGAGGACAACCUGGACUUCAGGCUCCUGGAGGGAAUCAAAGAGCUUCCGGAGAGGGCUGUGUCAGUGCUGAAGAGUAGGAGACUGAGGGAGAAACUCCUCCAGUCUCUGUUCCUGGACCAGACAUACUGGGAGAGCCAGGGGGGCCGGCAGGGCAUCGACAAGCUGAUCGAUGUAAUUGAAAGGCGGGUGAAAGUCCUUCUCACCUACAUCAAUGCUCAUGGGAUCAAGGUCAUUGCAAUGAAUGUGUGAUGAAAGUUACACCUGUCAAGUGGCUAAUUUACCGAGACACAGGUAAAGCAAAUGAAUGGCUUGAUCCCUGUGUCCUUUCACAAUGUCCUUUUACAAUGUCCUUUUACAAAACACUGGAGCUUUAUCCGCUUACAUUUUCUAAGUGGGUCCGGAUAAAAACAUUACGUAAUGUCCAGUUAAAUAUUGUUUCACAUAUUUAAUUCAAUAUCAGUUUAUAUCACAAGAGCGUAAAAUCACGUGUUGUCAAUUAAAGCUGGUCCUAAUCUUCAAGACAAUCUAAUUUUACAGUGAAAUAUUGUGAAAUUAACUCUUACACUGUUAUAGCAAGCCAUUCAAGUCAUUUGAGGUUAAGGAAACAACUAUAAACAUCUAAUUUGCAUAAUACACUGAAAGAGGCUUUAAUUUAACUAAUUUGACAUUAAAAAUUGGUCUAACCUUUUCUCAAAGAAACCUGUUUUGCUUCCUUCUGUUGAGUCUUCAUGUGUGUCUCCCCCAGAGGCAAAUACAUUAUAGAAUUUGGUUCAGUUUUAACUUUCCUCCUCCUGAGGCCUUCCAGCAAGUGUAAUUUGCAUUGUGUGUGAAUGGAAUGCACUAAAUGAUUCUUCUCCGCUCCUGAAUGUUUUUAAAGCCUCUAAGCGUAGUUCAAGUCCCAACUCAGAUCGAUGCAGCUUGAUUGGCGUCAAACAACAUAAUUUAUUAUCAUGAACAUUGUACAUUAUGAAACAUGUUUGGAAAAAACUAUUGACUGUACAUUGUACACUGAAGAACUUUAAGAUGAGAAGUCAGAUGGUGUUAUUCUCUUUUAUGUCUCUUAUUAUAAAUUUACCUAUAAAGAACACCUUAAUCUAUAACCGUUAUGACUGCAUUUAUUUAUUUUUGUACUUUCUUUUCUAAUUGUUGAAAAUGUUAGUCAAUAAAAGCAUUUAUUUGUGAAA